AUGCCAUUUCAUCGAAACAAAGGAAAAGACCGAAAUUGUCCAGAUUUAAAUACAUGGGAUGCCUUUAUAAAUUAUGAAAUUGGAAAUGGUAUGUCAAUUGAUGGUUUAAAACCUAAUAUUAAAUUACCCAAAUUUCCAAAAAUGCCUACUGCCAAUGAUGCAGUAAAAAAAGUUCUAGGUGUCGAUACACGAGGAUACAAUCAAGAUUUGGAUGAUGAUGAUGAAAAAUCAGCAAAUGCCCAAAAUUUUUUAAAACGAAGUUUUCUUCAUCCUGGUCGUACCAAAUGUGAAGAACAAAAACGAGAAGCUCGUGAAGAUUACGAAGAAAGAUGUGAACCUUCUUUUCCGUUAUUUCGCAAUAGUGGUCAUCAUCGAUUUUGUCCUGAUAUUAACUCUUGGCAAGAAUUUGAUAAUUAUGAAAUUGGAAAUGGCUAUGAUUCACAUGUAACCCCUCCGUCGAAGAACAAUAAUCGUCAUAAACCGGAUCAUACAGUGAACGAUGAACUUGAAAUAUAG